CGUCGAGCUCGUCACUUUUUAACGGAGACAGUCUGAGUUGGAACAGAAAAAGUGCAUUGAGUGAAAGAUUAAGGAGAAGCUGGGUGAUGAUGUUGGAGAGGUUUUGAUGCUGCUAUCAGGCUUCCCGGUGCGCCCAUGGAGCAUCAGGAGUGGACACAACUGGUGUCCUUUCAUUGCAGCAGCAAACUGAGCAGCUGAGCUGAACUAUAUCAUCUGCUCCGUUUCCUUUGAGACUAGCUGAGGGAGUGGAUAUGAGCGGAGAUCGGGCGCCCUGGCGCGCUCUGGGUGGACCGACAGGAGUGUGUGGACUGUAACAUGAAGCACAAUGGCUUGGUGUGAGCGCGGGGUUCAAACGCUGCUGGCCACAGUGGGGGCUUUCGCUGCCUUCAGCCUGAUGACCAUCGCUAUCGGCACGGACUACUGGCUCUACUCGCGGGCGUACAUCUGUAACGGCACCAAUGCCACCACAGACGAGAGCCAGACUCCGAUCAAAACUAAAAAAGGUGACCUCACCCACUCCGGGCUCUGGAGAAUCUGCUGCAUUGAAGGCAUAAAUCAAGGAAGCUGUUACAGGAUCAACCAUUUCCCUGAUGACAACGACUACGACACAGAUAGCUCUGAGUAUCUGCUGCGUAUAGUUCGUGCCUCCAGUGUGUUUCCCAUCCUCAGUACCACCCUGUUAAUGCUUGGUGGGCUGUGUGUUGGUAUGGGUCGAGUCCACAGCAAGACAAAUAAUGUUCUCCUCAGUGCAGGCAUUCUUUUUGUAGCUGCAGGUCUGAGCAACAUUAUUGGGAUCAUCGUCUACAUUUCGAGCAAUGCCGGAGACCCCAAUGACAAACGUGAUGAUGACAAGAAAUACACUUACUCUUAUGGAUGGUCAUUCUAUUUUGGUGCCCUUUCCUUCAUUGUUGCUGAAACUGUGGCUGUUCUCGUCAUCAACAUCUACAUUGAGCGAAACAAAGAAGUUCGCUGGAAGGCUCGGCGGGAGUUUAUUCGUUCGCUCUCCUCCUCUUCUCCGUACUCGAGGAUACCAAGCUUUCGUUACCGCAGGCGAACGUCACACACUAGUUCACACUCCACAGAAGCAUCCAGGGAGAAUUCGCCAGUGGCUGGCCUGAAAGGGGCCCCGUCCUCCAGUGGGCCCCUGGAUGAACUGUCUAUGUAUGCCCUUGCAAGAGACAGUGUAACGGAAAAUACAUACAGUCCCGAACAUGAGGGUAGUGCUGAGUUCCUUCAGGUUCAUAACUGUUUCCCAAAUGAUAUAAAAGAUGGAGUGAAUCGUAGGACCACGCCUGUGUGAGUGGCUAAAGAUUCAACUGAUUAAGAAGAAGAUAGAAAUCAGUAGCCUGACCUGCUAGAAGCUGAGCAUUGCAUGGCAGCCUGCCAUGUUUUACCAUUUUGAAAGGACCAAAAGGAGACAAGGACAGUCAGCUGGACAGAACAUGAGCCAAUUAACAGAACUGCUUUUAGAGACCAUUAAAGCAGAACAGAGUAACUACCGUCUGUGCUGUAGCCAAUCUAAAACUAACUGUGAACAGUAUGUUUAUCAGAGUAAUUAUCCUUACACUUUGUGGGUAAACUUGAGAGUAAAACCUUGAGAUGUGCCCUUCAGCAGUGUUCUACUCAUAAAUGAAACACGGUGCUAAAUGAAACAUGAUAUUCAACCUGAAAGUGUUGCAUUUAUAUGUGAUGUUAUUCCGUACAUGUCUCUUCAAACCUUUUACUCUGUCCUCACAUUUUAUUAAAUGCUCUGAUCACAAGUUUGAUGAAGAUGAUUCUCUUUGACAACUGUACAACUAGUAAUGAGUGGUUUUACUUAAUCAUGUAUUCACUGUGUUGGACAGAAUGUUGAGUGUUUUUGUAAAUUCCUCUGUGACAUUCGUCAAAGAGUGGAGCUAAAGGAUUCAUGUUCAGUGGUCUUUUCUAUUUGCUUCCAUAACAGUCUGCCAUGUUUCUAUCACACCUUCUGAUGGAUGUGCCAUUCUGCCUGUCAUGGAAGAAAAGCAGCUGACAAAUACGAGGGGUGCCCAAAACAGAAAAAAAAACAAAAACAAGUCAGGACUUCCUUUUGCUUUGAAUGGAGCCUUGGCAUGGAGUGAUUAACUGAUAAGGAUCACAGCCAGGCAGGGAAUUCAUGUCUGUCUGUCACAAAGUCUGUGAGUCCAUCUGGCAGCCUUUCCCCAUCACCGCCCCUCCCUUUGUCAAACUGAUGCUUCAGACUGAAGCAGAGGGAGCUGCCUCUCCAAAGGAUUUGGCCCUACAUGCGUGUAUUUCUGUGCCGUGGUUUACAGCUGCUUUGUCUUUUUGUUCUCUCAGGAAAUACAGUAAAGUUGUGGCAGGUUGAACAUUUUGAGGUCCUCUUCUUGCUGUUAUUAUGAUAGACAACGGAUCAAUGAUGAAGAUAAACCUGAUGAAAAAUGCCAUCACUAUUGUUGCUAAAUGCUGUGAGUGUUAGCUUGAGCUUUCUCUGUGAACCACCUGGAGUGGGUUCUUCAGAGGUGAGCUCUUUCAAACACAAAGUAGUGUUAGUGUAUUGGGUAUUUCAUUGUAGAUGCUUCAUAUAUCCAGACGAGCACUCGCAAAAAAUAAAUCAACAAAAAAAAAAAACUUAAAGACAUCAGUGUAAGUCUUAACUUUAUACUCUUGUCUAAAAAAAUAACCACUAUCUGUUUGUUAUAUAAAACUGUAAAUAAAUUUAAAGUAUAACAAAGGACAAAACCUAAUGUAAAAAAAACAUCAAACUUUAGUUUAUUGAUAAUUGGAUCAGUAAGGAUGCUUUGACAAGUCCAUUAUUGGUCAUGUAAUUGAGUUUUAUUUAUCUUCAAUUAAUUUAGCUAUUAUGAGCCAGUGAGUCUUUUAAAUAUUAUGUUUUGUAAGGUGAAGUACAAUGAUUAGAGGAAAAUAUAUUUUCUAUUACAUUUAUGGACGGCAGCUGUACUUUAUUGUGUGUGUUCAUGUUGAUUUAUGGCUUACUAUGUAUAAAAGUGCUUUCUCUUUUCACCAAGAAACAAAACUUUUGGCUUUGGAUGAUUAAAGGGAAAUGGAUAAGUUGCACAAUGUAUAAAAAGCUAAACAAUCUGAAGCCCCCUAAUUUUUUUCAAAACCCUUUCCUUUGUCCAGUUGUAAUAUGUUCAAGACCAAAUUAAUUGCUAUUGUAAAGGUAUUUUUGUGCCUUUGCUCUUUUUAUGACUGACUGUAUUCCCUCCUCUUGUUAUUUAAAAAUGGUAUUUAUACUCUGUGUUCUGCCCCAAGCAUACCGUACCUAGACAAAUAAACAGAAUCAGGGUUA